CAGAUCAGACACCGAUGCUCCCCACCCUCACCAAGUAUACAGAAGUCACAGGUUCCCUUUCUGACCUCACAGCCCAACAGUUUGGCUUUUUUUAUUUUUAUUUUCUCAGGUACAGUAGAAGGCCCCAAGAGACGGCGAAUCUCCUACGCGUGUGCACUGUGCAGAGACGAAGGGAAAGACAAUUUUAGGUUUCGUUAAGAGGAAAUUUUGAAACAUUGUGCAAUGGUGCUGCAAAAGUUUUGAAAGAUUGUGAGAGCAGUGCGAGCAAAAAGAGCCCGAGAGUCACUUGGGUUGGACAAGAAGUCUCCAUGUUGCAUCCAUACAGAAUGGAAAGCUACUUCAUCUCGACUCCUCAAGAGGAGAUGUACGACCCCGAGAUCUACAGGCAACAAAUAGCAGAAUAUCCUUAUAAUCCAUACAUCCUAGCCGAGGGAGACAUCCAGCCGGAUCACUGGGACUACCACCCUCACCCUCACCAUGUGGAGUAUGAGAACCUUCCGGAGACCCACUUCACAGAACUACAGAGUGUCCAGCCCCUCCCCGCCCCCGGCUUGUUACGACACGACCCCAUGUUGGACCCCAGCAUCGGGGCACACCCCCAUAUUUUACAGCAGACAGUGCCAUUCUUCCCUCGACCCAUAUACGCUCAACAAUCCCCCGUGCAGCUGAGCUCUGAUGACGAGGCCCACGGGGCCAGGAGUCCCCCUCUGGAGGUGUCUGACGAGGAGUGUCUGAGAGAGCGAGUCUCCUCCGCCUCGGGGGGAGAUCUGGGCAACAAAAAGAAGAUCCGCUUGUACCAGUUCCUGUUGGAUCUACUGAGGAACGGCGACAUGAAGGACAGUAUCUGGUGGGUGGACAGAGACAAGGGGACGUUUCAGUUCUCUUCCAAACACAAGGAAGCACUGGCACACCGCUGGGGGAUCCAGAAGGGCAACCGCAAGAAAAUGACCUAUCAGAAGAUGGCUCGCGCCUUGCGCAACUAUGGGAAGACUGGGGAGGUGAAAAAGAUAAAGAAGAAGCUAACGUACCAGUUCAGCGGCGAGGUGUUGGGAAAGGGUCAUUUAGAGAGGAAGACAUACAUGUAGACAGACGGGAGAGUCAUGUGAGAAAUCAUGAAAUCAUGAGAGCUGUUUGUUGUGUUCAACAGCUAUCGGUGUAGAUGAUUUUUUAAGAUGUUAUUUUAACUCUGCUGUGUAAAAAAGCAUUAUUGGGACAAGUCUAACUGCGGUGGGAUGUGGCCUUUGAAACAACCUGAUGCUUUAUUCUCCACAGAAAUAGUCAAGUUACGAUACUACAACAUUAGUUUCAAAUAGGUCAGUUCAUGUACGGGACAUUGGACACCGCAGGGUGAAAUGUUGUCAUCGCUGCAAAGAAGGGCAUACGUGAUGGCAGCCUGGCCUGCUUUUCUGAGAAAAGACUCUUCAUGAUAGACUUUUCCGGAAUGUCAAGACACAUAACCACUAGAUGUCCUCAUAGUUUUGACAGUUUGCAAAAUGCCUUGGGGUAACGCCUAUGCACCGAGUGUGUUUGACUCUUCAUGUGUUGGACUGAGUGAAGUUCUCAUUGUGGAUCCCAGCUGGUGACAAUGUGGCUUAUAUUUAAUAUAGGGUUACUUAACAUAUUAUAGAGCAUACUUAUCACAGUUAUUUGCAUUGUACAGAUGCAGACUUAAUGCUUCAAGAAAAGUCACAACAUCCUGUAGGUGACGGCUAAAAAAAUGCAUGUAGUGAAAUUUUAACUGAUCUCAGAUGUGUGUUUAUUGUCAACUUUUACCGAGCACCUCUAUUAAGAUGGUAACUAUAAAUAAUAUUUAACCUCCACUUUAAAAGGGGUUUGUAAUCCUCAGGGAUGUUCCCUCUUUUGUUAAUGUCUCCCUCAGCUCAAAAUCCCAUUACUUUAUACGGAGCUGAGGGGGAAGUGGCCUGUUGGACAGUUUUCAUACCUGUCAGACGCACAACUCACUCCAUAUUUCAUCUCACAGUGGCUACAAGCCACUCUCAAUCAAGUUUUAGGUGACGUGAAGUCUCCCCCGUCCCUGACCAAAGUUUUGAUUUUGAUAGUUUAUGUAGGUAAAGCACUCUUUAGCAAAACGGGGUUCGUUUUUGUAUCAUAUGUUUCAUCUAGGCAUGGCUUAUA